CAUACAAUAAUGAAGUAGAUAACAUAAUAAUAGUAAUAGUUGACGCAUACAUUGAAAAAAGAAAAGGAAAAAGGUACAAGUAUAAGAUGGUAAUUAGGAUUCCGGAGACAACAAUAAGUUCUUCUGAUGGUCGACGAUCCAUUCCGUUGAUCGGUAUGGGCUCCGCAACGCCAACUAGAAACAGUGAAGAGGUGAAGGCCGCGCUUAUUGAAGCCAUCAAAAUUGGUUAUCGCCACUUUGACACGGCCGCAAUCUACAAAACCGAGAAGCCUGUCGGGGAAGCCGUCGCUGAAGCUUUGCAACUCGGUUUGAUCAAGUCACGGGAUGAGGUUUUUAUUACGACCAAGCUAUGGUGUAACUCUACCCAGCGCCAUCUUGUAUUACCAGCCAUGAAGCAGAGUCUUUGUAAUUUGGGACUCGAGUAUGUAGAUCUGUAUUUAAUACAUUGGCCACUAACGCUUAAACAAGAAGAGUUCAAAAUCCCGAUUCCAACAGAGGGCAUAGCUCCCAUCAAUAUCAAAGAGGUGUGGGAAGAAAUGGAGAAGUGUCAAAAUCUUGGACUCACCAAGUCUAUAGGUGUUAGCAAUUUUUCUCCUAGAAGAAUAGAGGAAAUCCUAUCCUUCGCUAAAAUUCCCCCUGCUGUCAAUCAGGUUGAACUGAAUCCAUUAUGGCAACAAAAAAAACUUAUCGAGUUUUGUAAAAAGAAUGACAUCCUUGUAACCGGAUACGCUCCUUUGGGUGGGCCCGGCACUCGAUGGGGACACAAUCGUGUGAUGGAAUGUGAUAUUCUUCAGGAUAUUUCGAAAUCGAGAAAGAAGACAAUAGCUCAGAUUACUUUAAGAUGGAUAUUUGAGCAAGGUGUGAGUGUAGUGGUGAAAAGUUAUAACAUAGAGAGGAUGAAGCAGAACAUUGAUAUAUUUGACUGGUCAUUGACGGAAGAUGAGUUGUACAAAAUCAGCCAAAUCCCUCAACAAAAGCAAAUUUAUUUAAUUGGGACUAUGGUGAUUGAGCCUAACGAUGUAAUGGCUGAGAUUGAUGCUGAUCUUUCAUUUCAAUGACAUGUAAAUCUUAUCAUGGAUUAUAUAUGUUAUCUGUUUUAUCAAUGCGGUGGUAUUAUAUCAUAAAGGAACGCGUGUAACAUAUAUUUGAUUAUUUGAAGGAAGAUUUCAUUGGUUACCUAUAAA